GGGGAAGCUCGGAGGGAGGGAUAAGGUUUUUGUUUGGGUUUUUUUGAUUGUGUUUUUUGGUUGUCUUUGUGAUAUUGAUUAUUGAAUUCCUUCGCCGGCUAGCUGUUGUUGUAUACAUACAUAUUUUAUACUGUGCAUUCUGUGUAGGAAUUUUGGAGAUUGAGAUAUCUAGUGGGAUAUACAUUGUACGAAGACAAGAAGACGAAAGAUACAGAAGAUAUAAUGACUUCAGCCUCUAUCGUAGGGAGUACCGGUCUUGUCGGCUCCCACAUCCUCUCUACCCUCCUCUCUCACCCCUCCAUCUCCAGCGUGCACUCCCUCUCUCGCCGCGACCCCAAACCCAGCACCACCACCCCCAAACUUCACCCCCUCACCUCCACAGACACAUCAACAUGGUCUUCGCUACUCUCCUCCAUCUCUCCCUCUCCUCUCCUCUUCUUCUCCGCGCUCGGAACCACCAAAGCACAAGCGGGUAGUAUCGAAGCCCAGCGCAAAAUCGACCACGAUUUAAAUCUCGAGCUCGCGUCUACGUUUUCGCUCGCUGCGGAUUCCAACAAGCCGGAGUCUGAGCCCGAUACCGCAAAUGGUAAAAUCUACAUCCUCGUUUCCACACAUGGCGCAAACGCUUCUUCCAUGUUCCCUUACCCGAAAAUGAAGGGUGAGCUCGAAAACGAGGUGAAGGCGCUGCUGGAAAAAAAAGAAAAUAGGGUUAAGCAUGUUAUUAUUCUGAAACCGGGAUUGAUCGUAGGAGAGAGGGAGGAUUCGCGACCCGUGGAGUUUGCGGCUCGCAAGGUGGCGGGGUUGAUGGGAUGGGUCAAUCCGGGGUUGCAGGAUUUUUGGGCACAGGAUGCGAGGGUUAUUGGGAGGGCGGCGGUCGAGGCGGGGGUUAGGGCGUUGGGUGGGAGGGAUGGGAAGGGCGGAUUAGAGGGGGCGGAGAUUCCGAGAGUGUGGGAAUUGGGGCAGAGGGAUAUUGUUAGGUUGGGGAGGACGGAGUGGAGUGGGGAGGAGUGAGUGAGUGAGUGGGAUGGGAUUUGUUUGGAUGGAUGAAUGGAUGGAUGAAUGUAUGGAUGGAUGUAUGGAUGGAUAAAUGUACGGAUGGAGUUUUAAUUUGGGUAGUUGCAGUGUGUUGUGUCGUUGGGGGUUUUGUGCCACUUUGGAUAGGUUUAGUGUGUAUUUUCA